GGCCGAGCCCGUCACCCGACGCAAUCGGCAGAGGCCAAAGGUCAAACGAGGCAGCUGCUCUUAAAGAGCUUUGUCGAAGAAGCUUGAAUUGCAUGCAGAACGGACAGCGGGCAGCUAAAGCCAGAGCCAUAGCUGCAAUGAAGCAAGCAAGCAAGCGCCCGGGGCUCGAACUUCCUCCUGCCUCGGAAGCAGAGAGUACCACGAAAAAAACAUCAGAGCAGCAGAUGCUGGACCACGGGCCGUCGCAGCCGCUGCCGGAUACGAUCGUCGUCGAAAAUUAAGACGACUAAUUGAUCGCCCCUACGCGUAGACAUGGACCGAGACACAGGACAGUCAAAGCAGUUGCACGCUAAAUUUGGUCGUGCUCCUUGACGGUUCCGGACGAUGCACAGCUGACAGUUUGCAAGGUUUGCGGCGCGAUGUAGGAUCGCAAUCCGAACGCUGCGACUCCCAGGGCCCACGUUCUCGGAGGGAGGAGGGUCUGACGACGCACCGCCGCGCAGAGCUCUCAGUCUUCCGUCGCAAGCUUUGCUGCUGCGUGUGCAAGAAGCCGUGCUUCGAACUCUCGUCUCCUUCGGGCUCGUGGGCGGAAAGCAGUCCAGUAUAAAUGAGGUGGUGGGGCCUGUGAAAGAUGUACGCAGAUCUCCACACUGCGGCGGCUCCCGUACCGAGCGCAUGAGUAGAAUCCCGGUGUCCGACAUUCGGAAAGGCCUUCGCGACAUUCUCGCAGACCUCUUUCGUCACGAUUGCAGAACGGGGCUUUGGAUAUCAUGCUCUGCACGGGCACGUGUUCCCGCGUGUACAUUUCUCAGAUCGGUUGUAGAUUACAGCUUCGGGUUUCGGAUAUUCUCGAGUUCGCGCCUUCGCAAAAUUUGAGAUCAGCAUCAUCGCAUUUCACGAAUCUGAGGGGCGCCUCUCGCUGACUUGUCCGUCAAUCUGCGUGCGAGCUACUCCCACCGAACUUUUAUUUCAGAACAAGCUCCAGAAUCAGAUGCUGUGUUGUUGUUCAUCGUGCUUCCCCAGAGAUUCAUUUGGCUGACAGGAAUUCCUUCUUCAUUCGGGACGUCGUGAGUCAUUCCAUCGGCUGCACAGAGUUUUCCGAUUGAGAUGGAGCUCGUAAAAUCGCCCGAACGCUGAAAACGGGUAGUCGUUCGCUCGUCCGUCGCUCGUCGGUGUCCCAGACUUGAUGCCACCUUCGAAAGCUUUAGAUAUUUUUCCAUUUUUCAAUCUUCACUCCAUUCUGAAUACGUCGAGCUGCGCGCUCAAAAAUUGUCAAAUGCCGGAAAUCGGAUCAUCUGAACCUUCGAAUCUCUCGGUCGAGGCUUCGAACUUACUCGCGUGUACCUGAACGCUGUGGAGUCGCGUAGCCGAGCACGAGAAGUCCCGGAUAGCAGUGCAGGAGUAGAAGAACAGGGGUUCACGAGCAUGGACUCGAAAGAACCUGAAUUGUAUCCGGUGGUGAUACCACCAAUUUCGCACCCACCAUUCGAGUGUCAGGGAAAAGGCCUAGUGUACAAAAGCCACUCUCGCGAGUCUAUCGACACCUUGAGGAGCUGGAUCACGACCAAGCGCGGGAGAUCGCCUCUGCAGCGACCGAAAAUCUGGUGGCAGGCUCAGCUCCUCCUCUACGGCCUGGACCCCGGCAGCUUAUCGGCCAAGCUAGCAGAAGUCACGCAGAAGCUCAAGGAUGCACUCGCGAAUGGCUUGCAGGCUCCGUGCCAGGAGAUCACCGACCUCGAGAACGAGCUGAAUGCCAAAUUCCGGCGGUUGAAUGCGGACGCCAGGGAUGCCAAGUACCAGGCCCUGGAGAGCGACGAGAGCAGAGUCAAGUUCGAUCCUCUCCGAUUGUUACACGAGCGGUUUCCUCCCACGGGAAAGCGGAAGAGCGAUGAUUUCGUGGUACUGAAGAUUCCGAGGCACGAUCGGUAUCAAGUGCACACUUUCGCCGAGAGGCUGGGUCUGUGCACCGUGAGCGCGGACGCCCCUGGGGCUGAUGAUGCUCGCUGGCUAAUCGUCGGCAGCGACCGCGAUGUCAUCCUUGAACGCCGGUGGCAAAUCGAAGCCGAGAGGAGUGGAUGGAUGGAAGAGAAGGCGAAGGCAAAACGACAGAGACUCGAGGCCAAAGCUCGAGAGCUGGAGGCGCACAUUGGGCCCGGAAGUGGCACUCUGAGAGAUGUGGUCGGCGAGUGGCACGUGGAAUCUGCGAGCAUUUCCAAGACGUGGCCACACCGAGGAACGGAUUUCAGAAUGUCCAUUUACUUCCAUUCGCUGGAGGAGAGUGACGAGCUUUCCGAUGACCACGGGGAGAGCAGUGACAGCAGCUCUGACACGGUCGAUGAGAAGCACGACAACACCACCGACUCCGAGCUGCUGUGGGCAAAUUUCCACUUGGGUGUGUUGCACGGGGUCCUCCAAGCCGAAGCCGAGCUUUCGACAUCCGGAUCACUCCCGUCUGCCCCAAUCCCUUUUGCUUGGCGAGGGCGUGAUUCAGAAGAGGAGCAAAUUCAGCUCGAUACGAGUGGGCGAACCAACAGGGGCAGUCUGACAUUUCUCAGUCCGACGAAACUGAAAGGCGUUCUCGAGGGUGCCGUCGGCAGUUUUGAGUUCGCGGGUAGUAAGGUAUCCAAAAUCCCUGCGUACAAACAUCCCCAGGUGUGGAGCGAUCUGACCCAGGACCAAUGGGAUGUCGAGCGCGUGAGUCGUUGGAGGUGAACGGAACAGGCGAGCUCCCUAAUCUUCCAUCUGGUUGAAGUCCUCUGAAGCGUUAACAGGCCACACCUUGUACAUAGAGGAAAAGCUCAACGAGAGUACAUGUUGUCGUCGUACAUUUUACUAGGUGCCCGUCAGUCUGUCAAGCAAGUUGUAAAGUUCAAGAUUCAUCUCAGAAAGUUGCAUGUAGAUCAGAACAUUGCUCGCGAAGUGGCUGAGACAUGACGUGGAAUUUGGAAUUGAGAGUAGCUGGAAAUCGUCUGCGCCAGGUUUUUUCAUCUGCUGGUUCGGUUAGGAUAGAGUUUUGACAGCGUCUCAGAUGCUCUGAAAGCAUCGCUUUGUCAACGGCGCCUGUUAAAAAUCUUCGCUUGAACAAGUGUUU